CUUUCACCUCUAACCCCAGUCUCUGACAGAGAAAAAUGGCCGCCUCCAUCCAAGGCAUCUUGAGGGUUUGGUACCGUCUAUCACCUUCAGUUUUACAUCCAUUACGACAGUACCCGUCCUGUGUGCAGAGGCUUCCUGUGAGAACAUGCCCGGGUCUCCCUCUGUUUCUACCUCCAAGUCACUUUUUUUGCCAAGCAGCAUCACUCCAGGAAAAGGAGGCUGCCCAGGCUCUCCCUCGCUACAAUGACAGACCCUGGGAUUAUCUGGAGAGUGAAGAGUACAUUGAGAGGUAUGGAACCAAUCCAGUGUGGGCAGGCUACAGGAGGAACCACAAAGGAGGCAUUCCCCCACAGAAGACACGCAAGACCUGCAUUAGAGGAGACAAGAUAUGUGGAAAUGCCUGUCCAAUUUGUCGGGAUCCAAACGUUAUUAUCCACCACCAGAAUGUGAAAUUGUUGCAGCAGUUCAUCAGUCCCCACACUGGGAUGGUGUACGAUCCCACUCAAACUGGUGUGUGUAGGAAGCAGCAGAAGAAACUAACUGAGGCCAUCAGGACAGCAAAUGAUCAAGGUUUAAUCCCCUUUCAGAUUCCACAUGUGGAAUUUUCAGGAGAGAACUACUCUAAUUCCCAUGAUGCUGUGGGCUCCACACCACCUCCCCAGUCCUUAAUCUCUGGCAACACCUGGUAUACAUGGUAUGGUGAAAUAACACCUGAUGAAAAGGAAGUGGCUAAAGUCAAGAAGACAUACAGAGCUUACUUAAAGUGAAGGGAACUCUCUGUGAUAUACAUAUGUACAAUGUCUGAGUUUCCACACUGGUUUCACACCUACACGUAUGAAAAUAAAACUUGCACAAUAAAAGACAUGAUGAAAAAUUGA